AUGCUUGGUGACGCACGCUACGAGCAGUGGUUCCACGGCAACCUUCGCUGUGACCAAGCUGUCUUACGCCGACUUGUAGACUUGCUGCGCCAACGUUUGCAUCCCAACGAGUGUCAAUCCAGCCACUCCUUCGAGAAGAAGGUGGCCGUGAAGCUGUACUUCUUGGGGUCCGAAGGUGGCUAUCGAGAGACAGCAGCAGCAUUUGGAAUGGCCAAAUCGUGGUAUAUCACAGUCGUGGCGACCAUGGUGGAUGUGUUGGCUAGCCAAGCAAAGUUGUGGAUACGCCUGCCGACCUCUCCUCGUGACUGGAGUCGCAUCGAACGUGGCUUCUACAAGGUACAACGAUUUCCGGGCGUUGUUAGAGCUGUGGAUGGUACUCUCAUUGACAUCCAACGGCCCCGUGAGUACGAUGGUUUUUACAAUCGAAGCGGUGACCCCUCUCUCAAUGUUCAAGCAAUGGUGGACCACCGUAUGGUAUUUUUGUCCGUGGAUAUCCGUCCUGGUUCGUUCUCCGACAAAAAAAUUUGGAAGGUGUCGCAGCUGGGCCAAACAAUUCGUCGCUGUAUUCCUACCGGCAGCCACGUUAUUGGCGAUUCUGGAUACACAUUGCUACCAGGGUUGUUGACUCCAUAUGUGCCGCACGAAGAAGGCGGUCGUUUGUCCAACACACAAAAGCGAUUCAACUACAAGUUAUCCAGCACUCGAAUGGUGGUCGAGUGUGCGUUUGGGCGCCUCAAGGAGAGAUUCCGGAUUUUGAAAACCGUGAAGAACGAAAGAUCAUUGGACCGGACGGUCGCCAUCACUACAUGUUGCUUCGUACUGCACAACUUGUUUAUCCACUUUAACGACGGACUUUUCGACGCGCCUUGCUGA